AGCUCUUCAGGCAUUAUCAAAUAGCCCAUCAUUGAUGCAAUUCUUCCUGGAAUGUCCAGGAUAUGUGAGGUAUCUGUCUCAAGCAAACGUUUCCGAAAAAUAUCGCUUGCUUGUCACCGAAAUGUGGUCAAAGAAAAGGCCAAAAAGCGUCAAUCCUUCAGACCUAAUGUCGUGUUUUCAAAAAUUGAAUCCUCAAUUUCGCGGCUUUAGACAACAGGACACUCAAGAGUUUUUGCGGGUUGAUGGACUUCUCCACGAGGAACUUAAAGAACCAGUUCCUCCUGUUGCCAACAUUCAAGACGCUUCACCAGAAAAACCUGUUAACAACGUAUCAACAAGAUCAAAGCGAUUACUUGGAGGACAAACUAUGCAAGCUGACAGACAGAAUGGAGAGUUGCUGCAAAACGGUUCGAGGAAAUCACGAACAAAUCGCUACAAUCUUAGAAGUUUUUCCCGCCGGAAGGCUGAAGCCAUGAAAACCAACUCACAGAGAGAGACUGUUGAUAAACCAGUCACAGAAGAUGAUGUCGUCAUCAAGGACACGUUGCUUAGUAACAGUCGUAGCUGCCCAGAGUUGCGAGAAGAGCUUACGUCACAAGCAGCUAGGGAUCCAAGUGUUGAGCCCAAAGAACCGGCGAUUUCAAUGGGAUUUGUAAAUAUGGCGUCAGAUCAUUCAGAGGGGAAUGAUACUGAUGAAGAAGAGAGUAAUUUUGAGAGAUCAGUUUCUGAUUCCGAGAUUAAUUAUUAUCACCUUGGGGGAUAUGGGGAGAGGAAUGUGAACUCAGAGCAAAAACCAGCAGCAGUUGAGUACUCGAGUAUUAUAUCAGAUUUAUUCAAUGGCAAGAUACGAAGUUCCGUGCAAUGUCUGACUUGUAAAAAGAUUUCAUCUACAAUGGAAACGUUCCAAGAUCUCUCAUUACCAAUACCAGAAAAAGAAGAACUCUCAGCCAUACAUUCGACCACGCAAUGCAAUCCUAUCAUGUCAUACUCGUCAUCAGACAGUUCGAGAGGAAUCUUUGGCACUCUUUUUGACUGGAUUUCCAGCUGGAUAUUUGGUCCUCGUGUUUCUUUCGAAGAUUGUCUGGCUGCGUUUUUCUCCGCCGACGAACUGAAAGGAGACAAUAUGUAUCGUUGUGAGCACUGUUCGAUGUUAAGAAAUGGGAUGAAAGAAUGCAAAGUAUUUAAACUACCUGAGAUGUUGUGUAUUCAUCUCAAACGCUUCCGACAUGAAUAUUACCAUUCGUCGAAAAUAAGCAGCUUUAUAUCUUUUCCUCUCGAAGCCUUCGACGUGAAAAAAUAUUUGACAAAUGACUUUUCAGGGAAAUGUACAAAAUACGAUCUGGUGGCUAUCAUUACACAUCAUGGUAGCGUUGGGGGAGGACAUUAUGUCGCCUAUUGCAAGAAUUUCGUAACGGCAAAGUGGUAUGAAUUCAACGACUCUUACGUCACUGAAGUAUCGGCAAGUUAUGUGCAGAGCUGUGAAGCCUAUGUGUUGUUCUACAGGAAAAGAGGUGAAGAUAUUGUGAAGUAUCGACAAAAAUUCUUUCGACUGAGUAAACGUUGCGAGGGUCAGCCAACAACGCACUACAUCUCAAAGAAAUGGAUGACGAUGUUUUACACAUGCGCUGAACCAGGGCCAAUUUCGAAUAACAGUUUCAUGUGUAAGCAUGAAGCAAUCGAUCCUCUCAAAGAGUCAUUUGUAGAUGAUUUGGUGAGUCCUUUACAGCAGACCUGUUGGGAUUUCUUGUUGAAAAAGUUUGGUGGAGGUCCUGAGGUUAAGACUUUGGAUAUCUGUCCAAUAUGCAAGAUCUUUGAUAACAGUGACAGCUCAGGUCCUCAGUAUAUCAUCAGUUUAAAAUGGUUUAAAGAGUGGAAGAAUUUUGGUGAAGGUGUCAAUAAAGAUCCGCCUGGUCCUAUCAAUAACUUUAAAAUAGGACUUCAAAGAAAAAGAGUUCCGAAAGCAGUUUGGGAUUUCCUGUAUUCUGUGUAUGGUGGAAAGCCUGUUUUGCCUGUGGAUGAGGCCUAGCACAUAGUCAAAAAACUAACAUCACACUGUUGUUUGAAGGUUGUAACAAUAACAUAUUAUAGCUGGUAUAUGGUUUUGCUUUGGACAUGCACAAUUUGUUGUAUACCAGGAUAAAGAUUGACAAUUGCAACAGGUAGCCAACACCAGGAAAAGUUGUUUUAACAACCUGCUAUUGUCUAGCAAUUCAGAAAUUGGCCAACCAGAUGUGGUUGCAACAGUAUAGGCUAUAGCAAAAGAAGAACACCAUGUCAUUGUUACAACGUAUUGCAAACACAUCUUUGGAAGAGUUGUUCUUGCGUACACCAACAUGAACCAAAAUGUAUUUUAUAAAAUUUGGUUUCGUGUAAACUCUACAUAAACAUUAAACUACCAUGCAAACAUUUUAAAAACCAAAUUGUAAUAAUUUGAUUUGCAACCUUAAAGCCUGUGCAGACCAAAUCACAGGGAAUGUGCAACUAUUAGAAUCAUACUUGAAAUUGAUAGAAAUUGUUCAAAUUGUCCUUUACAUGUUCUUUGUAUAAGAUUUGAAAUCAAAUGUUAAUG